CCUGGACUUAUUUGGCCUUCUAAACCUCAUAAAUCUUUCUGCACCUUAACUUUUGUCAGAAAAUAACGAUAGCCGUCCGCUUGAAAAAAAUAAUUAGUAAAAAUGUCAAAAAUCCCUGCUGUUUUGAACCCUACUGAAGAAGACAUUCAACUUUUGUUGGCUGCUCAAUGCCAUAUCGGUACUAAGAAUGUCAACACUCGUAUGUCUCCUUAUGUUUUUAAGCGUCGUGCUGAUGGUAUCAACUUGAUUAACAUUGGUAAGACUUGGGAAAAACUUAUUUUGGCUUCUCGUGUUAUUGCUGCCAUUGAAAAUCCCCAAGAUAUUGUUGUUGUCUCAGCUCGUCCUUAUGGUCACCGUGCAGCUCUUAAGUUCGCCAAGUAUAUUGGUGCUGAAGCUAUCGUCGGUCGUUUCACUCCCGGUACCUUCACUAACUACAUCACUCGUUCUUUCCGUGAACCUCGUUUGAUCGUCUGUACUGAUCCUCGUUCCGACUUCCAAGCCAUUUUGGAAGCUUCUUAUGUCAACAUCCCUGUCAUUUCUCUUGCUGAUACUGAUGCUUCUCUCAAGUUUGUUGAUGUUGCUAUUCCUACCAACAACAAGGGUAAGCAUGCUAUUGGUUUGAUCUACUGGCUCUUGGCUCGUGCAGUUCUCCGUCUUCGUGGUACUCUUGAAUACAGCAAUGCUUGGGACGUCAUGGUUGAUAUGUUCUUCUAUCGUGAUCCUGAGGAAGUUGAGAAGGAGAACGAGGAAGAUGCUGCUGCCGUACCCGAAGGUGAAAAUGCUGGAUGGGCUGCUAAUACUGAAGAAGGUGACUGGACCAUUGAAGGUUCUGCUGCUGAAGGACCUGCUGCUUUCGCUGCUACUUCUGGUGAUUGGUCUGCUCAAACUGACACUAUUGCCGCUGACUGGGCUGAAGAUGUAGCUACUCCUGCUCCUGCUCCCACUUCUGGUUGGAAUUAAUAAGAGAUACUGGCUGUUUAUUUUUUUCAUCUUAAUUUAAUGAAAAAAAAAUGAAAUAAAAUAAAAUGAAUGAAGUAUCUAUUAUGCAUAUAUAAAAUAACAUUUGUUAAAUGUAUGUUAAAAUAUGUAUUUACAUUUUCUAAUAUUUUUGUGCCAAAAAUUUUUUUUUAUUUUUUAUUUUUUUUUUUAUUUUG